GAAAGGUUUAUAAAGGACCGCCUCGUGGCAGGGGACAGACAGGUGUCACAGACGAGACACCUUCACUGCAGCGAAUUCGUCCUCUCGGCUCCGCAUCGUGUCCCUCGACCCGUGCCUCGUGUCCCGUCGUCUGGAAGUCGUCUCCAGUCGGCCCGGCAUCGUCUCCCGUCGGCUGGUCUCACGCAGACGUCAUGUUAACAAGGUUGAUCCCGAUGUUCUUCGCCGCGGUUGCCAUGGCGCCGCUGGUUGUCAUGGUUACCGGCCAGAGCCCUACAGAACAAGAACUGCAGCAGGCGGUCGCUCAGGCAAAAGCAGAAAUGGAGGCUGAAGCAGCCGCCCAUGUAGUUUCCGGAGGUGCUGAACCAGACGAAGGCCCGUUCUCCGGAGCUCUGAACGCGCUGGCCAGGGAACAUCGCUCCACCCCGAUGGCAAAGGAGCUCAGCAGGCGUGCCACCGUCUUGGAGAAGGUGGCAAAACACUUCAUGAGCAGCUCCAGGCGUAGAACUUCAAGCUACACAAUAGCCAUGCUGUCCGCCAUCGACUCCCCGAGCGUGACAAGUGUUUGUGACGACACCUCCAUGGAGCCGAUCACGUGCCCUACACCAGCCGUCCCAGAGUUCCGUUCGGCAAACGGCCGUUGUAACAACCGGGACCACCCCCUGUGGGGAAGUAGCGAGGAGCCCUUCAGAAGGCUGCUGGAGCCAGAAUACGGUGACGGACUCAUGAUCCCCCGCAAAACUGGACGAGAUGGCGCCCCCCUCCCCAGCGCGCGGCUGGUCAGCACGACCAUGCACGAGGACCUGCGGAAAUCCAGCCCGGUCAACACCCACAUGGUCAUGCAGUUCGGACAGUUCCUGGACCACGACAUCACUCUCACGCCCAACUUCCAGGAAGAAGGUCUCGUCUGUACCUGUGACUCCGAGGACGAACGCUGCUUCAACAUCAACAUCCCCUCAAACGACCCUGACUUCUCAGGGAGGCCCUGCUUGCAGUUCGCUCGCUCCCUAUCCGGUCCGAAUGAAGGGUGCCACAUGGGCCGCCGGCAGCAGCUGAACCAGCUCACCGCCUUCGUGGACGCCUCCAACGUCUACGGUUCCUCGGACAAAGAGAUAGAGGAGCUUAGAGAACACGCUGAGGUAAAUGUUGCCGUCAGCAAAACGGCUACACAGAGCAGUUUGUUUGGAUCGAUAUAUCCUCCGGAACGAGCUGUGGACGGAAACACAGGAACCAUUCUGUACCCUCUACAGCAAUGCACACACACGGACCUGGAGUACGAGCCGUGGUGGAAGGUCGAUCUCGGAGACACUUACGUCAUCAGUCACGUGACAGUCAUUAACCGCGGAGACUGCUGUGGAGAACGACUGCGAAACUUCAUGGUACGAGUCGGUCCACAUGAGAACUUACGUGAAAAUACACCAUGUGGUGACAUUUACUCGGAAACUCCAUCGAAUGGAGAGACUAUCGACGUGCGGUGUGAGGAGCCCAUCACAGGGAGGUGGGUGUCUGUCCAGCUGAUCGGCCGGGAGGACUACCUGUCUCUGUGUGAGGUACAGGUGUUUGCAGUGACAGGAGCGCGCGGCCUGCUGAAGUCCAGACCGAACCCUGCGGACGAAAACAAGAAGGAGCUCCUGCCUGGCGUAAAAGAGCCUGACUCUAGAGAUCCGUGUGACGAAUUUCGCGGGAACGAGACGUGCUCGCUGGCUGGGGACAUCCGUGUGAACGAGCAGCCGGGACUGACCUCCAUGCACACCGUCUUCCUGCGGGAACACAACAGGAUCGCCAGGCGGCUCUCCCAACUCAACCCGCACUGGGACGACGAUCGGGUGUUCUUCGAGACCAGGAAGAUCGUCGGCGCGCUGAUGCAGAAGAUCACGUACGGGGAGGACCUUCCUCACGUUCUCGGUCCGGCCGCCAUGACCAAGUUUCACCUGACCCUCCUCCAGAGCGGGUUCUUCUCUGGGUACGACGCGAGCGUGAACCCCACCAUCUCUAACGUCUUCGCCACGGCAGCCUACCGGUUCGGCCACAGUCUGAUUAAUAACCUUUUCCUACGCCAUGCUCCGGACUUCAACGAGGCCAGCGCGUGUCCGAUUCGGCUGGCCUUCUUCUUUAAUCCAUCCCACGUCUUUAACAACGACCAGGGCGGCCCGGACUCCAUCCUACGGGGACUGACCGCCCAGCCCCAUCAGGACUUCGACCGGUUCAUGGUCUCUGGUCUGACGAAGCAGCUGUUCGCGGAUCCUCCCGGGUCAGAUCGCGGCCUGGACCUGGCGGCGCUGAACAUCCAGCGGGGCAGAGACCACGGGCUGCCCGGCUACAACGCCUGGAGGGUGAGGUGUGGCCUGCCUAAAGCCAACAGCUUCGACGAUUUGGAAUCUGAAAUCCCAGACCGUUGCACCCGAAUAAGGCUGGAGGAUGUUUACAGCCACGUGGACGACAUCGACGUGUUCGUGGGGGGUCUGGCCGAGGAGUCCGUGCCGGGCGGUGUCGUCGGUCCAACCUUCGCCUGUCUGAUGGGCCUGCAGUUCCAGGACCUCCGCAAGGGGGACCGCUUCUGGUUCGAGAACCCCGGACAGUUUACAGCAGCCCAACUUACGGAGAUCAGGAAGACCAGUCUGGCCCGGAUCCUGUGCGACAACACGGACGGCACCACACACAUGCAGCCGGACGUCUUUAGGCUGCCCACACAGACUGGGAACGAGAGGGCGGCGUGCUCCUCUCUGUCCCAGAUGGACCUGACCAAGUGGCAGGAGUCGCAGGCGAAUUCUCGCGGUCUUCCGGAGUCGCUGGAAGGGGAGAACGCCGCCAUGUCUGGCCGGGAAUUUGAAGACAACGACGCCGAUGAAGUACUUGAGCGGGUGGCUGAGGAAGCCCGCACCCUCCUGGAGCUGCUGCGCGGGAAACAGCAGGACCUCACCCCGCCGGAGGAGAACCUCACCCUGCGCGGGGAACAGGAUGACAUCUACCGGGAGGAUAACGCCGGGUCCGGCGGCGAGUCAGACACCAACGACAUCGGGUUCAUCGACCCUGAGGAGUACGGCCAGGACAUGGCCAACAACUUGGAGUAGACCUGAAGGUAAGAAACAUCUGCAGUA